AUGGCUUCAGUCCCGCGUAUCAACGGGGUGCAGUCUCCCGCUGUUGGCGUUGGGCCUUCUUAUCGCCCAGAGGAGGAGAAACCCACAGCCACUGUCUCAAAAAGCGUCCAGCAGGAAAAUGUCCACGUCCUGCCUCAGACCCCUCAACUGAUUGCUCUCCUGACCAUGAUCCGAGACAAGAACACCCCACGGGCUGAUUUCAUCUUCUACUCCAAUCGAAUCAUUCGCCUUCUGGUCGAGGAAGGUCUUAAUCACCUUCCGGUCGUCACACACACUGUCACAUCUCCUGUCGGCAAGGACUAUGUUGGGGUCAAAUUUGAAGGAAAGAUUUGCGGUGUUUCCAUUAUGCGGGCAGGAGAGUCAAUGGAGCAAGGUCUAAGAGAAUGUUGCCGGUCGGUGAGGAUAGGCAAAAUCCUGAUCCAGCGCAAUGAGGAAACGAGCAAACCCAAGCUUUUCUACGAAAAGCUGCCCCCGGAUGUUCAGAAUCGAUGGGUGCUGCUCCUGGAUCCUAUGUUAGCGACCGGUGGUAGCGCAAUCAUGGCAGUCGAGGUUCUGAAGAGCAAAGGCGUCCCGGAAGACCGUAUUUUGUUCUUGAACCUGAUUGCCAGUCCUGAAGGUAUUGAGAACUUCGCCAAAAAGGUGCCCAAGGUGAGGGUCAUCACGGCUUUUGUGGAUCAAGGUCUCAACGAGCAAAAUUAUAUUGUCCCCGGCCUUGGUGACUUCGGCGACCGAUUCUAUACACUGUGA